AUGGCUACCGAGCGAAGACGAGUCGACAAUCCGGUGCAACGAGACCGGUUACGACGCAGGUCGACCACCGUGGAAGUCAGUCUAGACAACGAAGAGACUCUUUACUUUGUGAAUUCUCUCCGCCUUCAUAUCGACACCGGCAGUAGCGACCUGUGGGUAAAUACACCCAGCUCGACGCUGUGCAAGCAGGCAUCGCAACCCUGUGCCUUUGCUGGCACAUACACGGCCAACUCCUCCUCAACAUACGGCUACGUGGGGAGCUACUUCACAAUCUCCUACGUCGACGGCUCGGGAGCCAGCGGCGAUUAUGUGACAGACAAGGUCAGCAUCGGCACAAACGGUUCUACAGCCCUCUCAAAAAUGCAGUUCGGUGUCGGCUACACCAGCUCAUCCUCUCAGGGUAUCCUGGGUAUCGGUUACGCAAUCAACGAGGUGCAGGUGGGCCGCGCAGGCAAGGCGACCUAUCCCAAUCUACCAGCCCAGAUGGUUGCAGACGGCAUCAUCCAGAGCAACUCCUACAGUCUAUGGUUGAACGACUUGGACGCAGAUACGGGCAGCAUCCUGUUUGGUGGCGUUGACACCGCACAGUAUUCUGGUUCCCUUCACACACUGCCUGUUCAGAAGCAGGCAGGCGCCUUCUCGGAGUUCCUCGUGACCUUGACGGGCCUCCAGCUUGGCUCGGCCACCCUCGCCAGCAACAUGGCUCUGGCCGUGCUCUUAGAUUCGGGCUCGUCACUCACAUACCUUCCCGACUCCAUAGUGCAGACCAUCUUCAACCAGGUCGGUGCCACGUACGACGCUUCCGAGGGUGCCGCCUAUGUGCCCUGCUCCCUGGCCGACAAAGCCAACUCGAGUGUGACGUUUGAAUUCUCGAGCCCGUCGAUCACGGUGGGUAUUGAUGAGCUGGUGCUUGACUUGGUCACGGCUAGUGGCAAGCGUCCGACCUUCCGGAACGGCCAGACUGCCUGCCUGUUUGGCAUCGCCCCUGCCGGCACGGGAACAAAUGUCUUGGGUGAUACGUUCCUGCGCUCGGCCUAUGUUGUUUAUGAUCUCGACAACAACCAGAUUUCGCUGGCCCAGACCGUUUUCAACACGACCGCGUCCAAUGUCGUGGAAAUCGGCACUGGCGCCUCGAGUGUUCCGGACGCCACGCUCGUAACCAACUCUGUCGCUGCAACGUCUGGGCUGACUCUUGUGGCAAACGACAGCAAGGCCAACGGAGCCGCGGCGUUUUCUAGCCAAGCAGUCGUUGCCAUCUUGGCAGCAGUUGCCUCUUCCGCUCUCGUUGGGCUGAGCAUGAUAUUGAUUUGA